AUGUCCUCUCUUAAUAACGAACUUGCUGGUCUACAAGAUCUAAUCAAGUUAGAGAGACUAAAUGCGGAGUUUAAAAAUGAUGUGGAUGCACUCCACAAUAAAAUUAAACUUUCGCCAGAUAUACCCGACGAGGCCAAAAAUGAAAUCAUGAAAGGUUUUGAGGAAGCUAUGAAGAACGGCUAUACGAAAAUUGGUCAAUCAGUAGCUUGGGUAAAUAAUAAUGUUGUUUUAUCAUUUGAUAAAAAGUCUGUUACUAACGCCUCAAAUUCCACAGGCCACAACGGAAAGCUUAGCAAUCCAUACGGCCAAGAGAAAGAAGAGGAAGAAAGCAGAGAAAGACACGGAUAUGACAAUGAUCAACAUAAGUCAUCCAGACAAAGGGAAGACACAAAAGAUGAGGUAUUUGUUAAUAAUAUGUCUAAUAUAGAUAUCCCAAAAGAUAUCAUUAACAUAUUAAAUCGUGGUAGCAAUUUUCAAAUAUUGAAAAAAACCGCUAAAUUUAACUCUGUUGUUAACGAAUUAUCACAGAUAAUUUAUUUUUUAAUAAUAGAUACUACAAUUUCUAAACAUAAUAAAAAACUAUAUAAUUAUCGCACAAUUAAUAAAAAUAUUAACAAAUGCGUAGAAUUUUUGUUGAAUAAUAACUUGGUUGUAAGCCCAGCCGAUAAAAAUCUCGGCCUUACCAUAAUACCAAAAGAAUGGUAUAUAUCUGAGUUAAACAAAUAUAUACUGAAUACAAACGCGUUUGAGAAAAAAACGAUAGAUUGGUAUAGAGUAAUUGAUCAAUACAAAUGGAUUGAUGAAAGAUACGACGGACAAUAUAUACUUAAAUGGAAUCUAAAUAUCGAUAAUAAGGAUAAAAUUCCCAAAGUAUAUAUCUUGCCAAAAGUACAUAAAUGUCCAUCUUUUCCUAUUGAUAUUAAGCUAGUAAAAAGCAGAUAUAUCACCCCUAAUAUAGGAUGGAUAAACGAAAGAGCUAGUAAAUGGCUCGCAAAAGAAUUACAACCAUUACUAUCUAAAGUAGAUUGGGUAAUAGAAAGUUCAUUAGACUUUCAAAAUAAAUUACCCCCACUACAAUUUGUGGACACUGAUGUAGUAAUAUUUACAGCAGACGUAAAAGAUAUGUAUCCAUCCAUUACUAGAAACUUAGCACUUCAUGCAUUAAAUUAUGCACAAAACAUUCUUAGUAAUGACCCUACACAUCCAAAAUGGAAUGUAUAUAGAAAAACAUUACAAUGGAUAUUUAAUACCAGUUUUAUUGAAUAUAAGGGUGAUGCAUACAUUCAAAGAAAAGGUUUACCUAUGGGGAAUCCUGUAUCACCAAUCCUAGCUAAUCUAACAUUAGCAAUGGCAGAAUGUAAUGUAUUUACAACAGAAAUGAUAACAAAAAUAAAAAUAUACAGAUAUCUGGAUGAUAUCGUUGCAUUUGUUGAUAAUUCAUUUCUAGAUACAUACCCCAAUAGAAUUCUGGGAAAAAUAUAA